CAUCAACGGGGCAAAAUUUAAAAUAUUAAAUAUUAAAUAUUAAUAGCCUUGAGAGUCGCAGGGAGCUCAAAACGCAGAAAAGAUGAUAACAACGUCAGAGCAUGCAUUUGGAGAAGAGCCCGAUGCUCCACAACUUCAUGUAAAAAUAAGCGAGGUGAUGCAAGAAGAUUAUGGACUAUUUGUGUGGCCUUGCAGUAUUGUUUUGGCUGAGUAUAUAUGGCAACAAAGAUCUCGUUUUUCUGGCAUAAACGUAGUUGAGCUUGGAUCAGGAACUGCAUUGCCAGGAGUAGUAGCAGCAAAAUUAGGUGCUAAUGUCACAUUAACUGAUGACUCAAAUAGACCUCAGGUACUUGAAAACAUAAAGAGAACAUGCGACCUUAAUGGAGUUGAAUGCAAGAUUAUGGGUCUAACGUGGGGUGAGUGGGACCUAACAUAUUUUGAUUUGUGCCCUCAAAUAGUUCUGGGUGCUGAUGUUCUUUAUGAAAAUAGGAGUUUUGAUGAUCUACUCGCAACAGUGAAAUUUCUUCUGCAAAAUGAUCCAAAUGCUCUGUUUGUGACUUCAUAUCAAAGGCGUAGGUAUGCUGUGCUAAUUGUUUUUUCCCAUGUUCUUGUCUUGAAUUAA